UAUCCAAAAGAAUCGCCGAUAAACUGCGACACAAACGGCGCACGUCUCGUUAGACCGAUCGUUUCAGCAAAGUCUAAAUCAAGAAUGGCGUCGGAUUCUACCAAAUUUGCUGCAACAACUAAUCAUUCUGGUAUUCCAGAGUCUGAUUUUGUGGAUAAUGUUGAGGAGUUCAUGCAGAAACCCGACAACGAAUCUGCGGAAGGAGUACUACGUAAAUUAGAUGAGCGUCAUAAUAAAUAUAAGUUCAUGGAGUACAAUUUGAAUACGAAGAAAACAAGACUCAAAACUCAAAUUCCUGACAUUAAAACUUCGUUGGACAUUGUAAAACAUUUACAAGAGAGAAAAGAUAUCCCCGAUCCGUUAGAAACGAGAUUCUUGUUAUCUGAUCAAGUAUAUGCCAAGGCAAGAAUACCCCCAACUGAUAAAGUAUGUUUGUGGUUGGGAGCAAAUGUCAUGUUAGAAUACAAUUUAGAUGAUGCCCAAACAUUGUUGGAGAAAAACCUUGGAACUGCAAAAAAGACCCUUGGACAAGUUGAUGAUGAUCUCAGUUUUUUGCGUGACCAGACAACAACCCUUGAAGUCAACAUGGCCCGUGUUUAUAAUUGGGAUGUGAAGCGAAGACAGAAAAUGCCAGCCAUGUGACAUGUCUUAGCUUAUAAUUAAAUAAAAACUAUAUAUGUGAGAACAUAAAACUAUUCAACCUUACGUUACAAUAUGUGUAGAUCUAUCUACACUAGUACUUCUUUAUAAUGUAAUAAUAUUUUACAUUAUUCUAAAUUAUUUUUGUGUUUGUUAUCAAAAAAAAUGAAAGUCUUCAAAACAUAUUAUUAUUUACGUUUUAGAUUAUUAUUAAUUUAUUUCAGAAAUAAAUACCAUUCAUGUCUAUAAAAAGAUACAUUUACUCAGUUAGGUGGCUUGCAAAUAUCUAUUUAUCAUGGGUAUUGUUUGGUUUUUCUUCUGCUGCGUAGCAUGUUGGGAGUGCAAAAGUGUUUUUCCUUAAUCUUAGCCAUCUUCAAUUCAGUUUGUUUAAAUUUGUUUCAAUUAUGAAAAAUUAAAGAACAAUUUGAAAAUAAUAAAAACAGUAACAAUACUAUAAA